CUCCUCACUUCCGGCUUCGCUGCUCUUGGUGCUGGUUCUGGAGGCCGGGUUGAGAGGUCGCAGGUCCGGCUGUCCUGGGCGGUUGGUCAGUGUGAAUUUGUGACAGCUGCAGUUGCUCCCCGCCCCCGAGGAGCCGAGGUGCGUGGGGGAAGGGGAAGAAGGAAAAGGUCUGGGUCGCGUUUCCGCUCACUUCUUGCCAGGGCUGAGGCGAUUCCAGAGAGCGGCGGAAGGGAUAAGCCUCGACUUAGACGCUACUGAGUUACCCUAAGACAGGAGUCUACUAUGGCUCAAGAAUCUCCCAAAAAUUCAGCAGCAGAAAUUCCAGUGACUAGUAAUGGAGAAGUUGAUGACUCUCAUGAACAUGGCUUUAAUAGGGAUUUGAAGCAUUCAUUACCAUCUGGACUUGGACUCUCAGAAACCCAAAUUACAUCUCAUGGCUUUGACAGUAGCAAAGAGGGAGUUGUUGAAGCAGGAGCCUUUCAAGGUUCCCCAGCACCGCCAUUGCCAUCUGUUAUGUCUCCUAGCAGAGUUGCAGCUAGUCGACUGGCUCAACAAGGAAGUGAUUUAAUUGUUCCCGCAGGUGGCCAGAGAACACAGACAAAAGGUGGACCAGUUAUUCUAGCAGAUGAAAUUAAAAAUCCUGCAAUGGAAAAGUUAGAACUUGUUAGAAAAUGGAGUCUAAACACUUAUAAGUGUACUCGACAAAUUAUCUCUGAGAAGCUAGGCCGUGGCUCAAGAACUGUGGACCUUGAACUUGAAGCUCAAAUUGAUAUAUUAAGGGAUAACAAGAAAAAAUAUGAAAAUAUUUUAAAACUGGCUCAAACAUUGUCGACCCAGCUUUUCCAGAUGGUACAUACCCAAAGGCAACUUGGAGAUGCAUUUGCUGACCUGAGUUUGAAGUCACUAGAACUUCAUGAAGAAUUUGGCUAUAAUGCAGAUACCCAGAAGCUGCUGGCUAAAAAUGGAGAGACUCUUCUUGGGGCCAUUAAUUUUUUCAUUGCUAGUGUGAACACUUUGGUGAAUAAAACAAUUGAAGAUACAUUAAUGACUGUGAAACAGUAUGAAAGUGCCAGGAUUGAAUAUGAUGCAUAUCGCACUGAUUUGGAAGAACUGAAUCUUGGACCACGUGAUGCAAACACUCUGCCGAAGAUUGAGCAGUCACAGCAUCUCUUCCAAGCACAUAAGGAAAAAUAUGAUAAAAUGCGCAAUGAUGUUUCUAUCAAAUUAAAAUUUCUAGAAGAAAAUAAGGUUAAAGUAUUGCACAAUCAGCUGGUCCUUUUCCACAAUGCCAUUGCCGCUUACUUUGCUGGGAAUCAGAAGCAGCUUGAACAGACACUUAAACAGUUCCAUAUCAAAUUGAAAACCCCUGGAGUGGAUGCCCCAUCUUGGCUUGAAGAACAGUAAAAUCACACCAGAAAAUAAAAAGAAAGUCGCAUUGUUAUAUUUCUAAACAAACUUAACAAGAAUUAAGCAGAGUUGGGGGAAGUGGGAGGGGUGACAGCCAUUGUAGUGGUCUUGCACAAACAGCUUUAAUUUUUCCCUUUUUCAUACUUUAACAAUUGAACUGUUAAAUUUGAUGGGAAGGUGGGUGGUUUUAAUGUAAACAUAGUUUCUAUAAUCUGAACACAAUAAUUUUCCUUUUUGAGAAAUCCUUUUGUAUUGUGAGGGUUGAUGGCUAUUUCUGUAGUUUGAAAACAUCUAAUAUAGAUUUGCACUGACAAGAUAAAAAUUCAAGGUUUUUGGUCCUGGAAAUGAGGGCCAAUUGUAACUUUUCCAAAGGGAGGUUUACAUGAUUUGUAUCAACAUCAGAUAUUUUAUAUAUGAAUAUAUUAAACAUCUUUAAGAGAUUCAUUUUCAUGUAUUAAAGAAAAAAGAAACUAUUUUGCAGAGUAAAGUUAUAUGGUGUUCCUGCAGCGUCCACAUAGAGGCAGCAGCUCUAUUGAAUGACUGAUUAGCUUGUGGAGUUGUGGCAAAUAUCUUUUUAAAAAUGAAUCUGUACCAUUGUAAUUUUGUUUAGACUAUUUUUAAAGACACAGAAAUGACACUGUCAUUUCUGUGAGACUUUUAAGCUUCUGAAUUUCUUCACCCAAAGUCAUUGGACAGUUGCAUUUGCAGUUUCUUGUGGUUCAUAAUGAAACCUGCUUAAGGGAAUUCUUUUUUUUUUUUUUUUUGACAGGUGGAUGUGGGAAUGGAAAUUCUUCGUGGUUUCUCAAGUAGAAAUCUGUACUUAGAAAACUAGUUUUUGGGUUGGUUCCAUUUUGAUAGAAGUGAAUAUGUAGACAGCUUUUAUUGACUUCCAUAUGUAACAAUACCGUUUAAGCCUUAAAUCACAGAUAACGUGCCUUCUCAGAUACAGUAAUUCUUGUUCAACCAAUGUAGAAAAUCCAUAAAGAAGCCCCUGUUGGAUAAUGUUUGAUGUGUCUAUUCCUUCCAUGGAAAGGAGCACUAUGUAUAAAUGUUGGGUUUCUUUGUACUCAUUAAGCCACAUUUGAGGUUUAUGGUAAAAAUCAACUUUUGAGUUUGCUCUUUGGUUUUUCUUCAUUCCUUUUGAGGAAUGGGAAAACGGAAGGAUUCUUUGAUUUGGGUAAUGAAGAGGUAAUUUGGGACAGUGUGGUCGUAGCAGAAAGAAAGGAUUGGAAAGGCCAGUACUGUUUUAGUUGCUCAGCACUAUUGGUUUUGUGUUAAUGUGGUUGCCCUGUCCACUACAUGGUUCUAUCAGCAACGUAAUCCAUUUUCAGUGUAAAGCUCUUUUCAUUUUUGUCAUAGACAUAAAUUAAUAUUUUGAGAGGUAUCCCUCACCUGUUCAUUUCUUCUGUGUUAAAAUGAAGUACUUAAAAUUACUGUUAUACAUGAACUUUGUGGACUGUAAGAUUUGUUAUAUAUGUUCAAAUGCCUUUUAGCUGGCUUUUUAAUUAAUAUGCCUGUUUUGAGUGCUUAAUACAAUGUAAUGUGAUUGUAAAUCAUAAACCUAUUUUAAAUCAUUCCUUCCUGUAUAUUUUUACUCAGAGAGCCUUAUUUUAUUCUUCCAGCAGAAUUACUACUUGUGAUAGUUCAUUUACAUUCCCCAGAAUGUGCCUCUGGUGUGAAUUUUGUAUUCUUAUUAAAAGUGUUUGCUGCAGUAAA